AUUACACAAAGCUAAAUAUAUUAGUGAUUAUUCAAGGUCGAGUACAGUAAUAAUAACUUCAAUUCCAAAACAUUUCCCCUACGAGUUAUCACCAAAACAAUUGCAUUUGACUUUGACAGGUUCGUUCAGUGCAUAUAAUCUGGGGAACAAUACCUAGAAUCUGAAAAAGACACCUCUUUGUCUCCCCUUUUGCUUUUUCAAAAUUUUAUAAUCAAAACUCCUAAACAGUAUAUAUUUAUAUUGGUAGUAUUAAAUAUUCCUUUUUAUGAUUCAGUAUUCUUAUUCUGGGGAACAAUUCAUAGAACCUAGAAGUGACACUCAAACUACUGGCCCCCAUGUAUCCAUUUUGCCUUUUUUCCAAUAGAUGUCAACAUUCUGAGGCAGUUUGUCUGAAUAAUUACAGUGAAGUCCCCAAAAAAGUUUCCUUUUUGUAGUAGUAAAUGUCCCCUUACCUAAUUUAAUUAAUUGGCAAAGUCUUGAAAUGAAUGAUACUGGUUACUUUUGCUUGUAUUUUGAUAAGUAGAUAAAGGUGGUCAUAAUUUGUAUUCUACAAUUUUGGACUGCACCUAAGGGCAUGCUCUUAUAAACAAUGUUGUCAAUAUUUUUUUUUACCUCAGAUAAGGUUAAUAUUAGCCUGAAUUGUUUAUCAGAGGUGUGAAAUUGAUGUCAUUAUAAACCAGGCGUUAAUUAAAGGCAAACGAUGGUCGUCCCAAUAAAUGGGAUUUAUAUACAGCUCAAUAUACAAAAUUAUUUUGUCAUAUUUUUGUAUACCAUAUAGAUAUAAAUUUUAAGAAACCUUUUGUCAUAACCAAAAUGCCCACAAAACAUGUUGCAUUGGGGUGCACAAAUCACAACUUGAGAAAAGAAGUCAAGUUAGCUUUCACAGAUUUCCAGAAAACACUGAAAGAAAGCAACAUUGAAUAGCUGCAUCUAUAGGAAUAAACAAAGAUGAACCAACGUGGACCCCAGGAAGCAUGCUGUCCUUUGUGGUGCACAUUUUAUGUCUGGUAAGCCUAGCAGUGAUCCUAGUCACCUUGAUUACAUACCAAGUGUUUUUACAUUCUCAACUACCAAUGCAAGCAGUCAUAAGGUUAAACUUCAAAAGGUUUGAGAGUUGCAACAAAUGCAGAAAGAUUGAAACUAUAAGUAAUGAAUGUGUUACAGUUGCAGCUGAUGAACCAAUAUAUAUUGCACAGAGAUAAUUCCAAAGUUCUAGGACUUGUGGAACCAAGUGCAUUGGGAUGUACACUUACCCAUGAACAUCUGUCACAUUGUGCCACUGGAAAACCUUUCCAACCCACGACACCACCAGGACAUGAAAAAUACACAGAUGCCCCUUAUACCUUGGAGAAUUUGGGAUGGAUACGACAGUAUCCAUACAGUCAUAAAGAAAACAUUAUCUUCUGUGGUUCUGAUGUGCAGCAGGCUGUCUUGGAUGAUAUCAAGUUAUUUAAGCUCAAUGGAGGAGGAAGUAUCGUUGAGAACACCACAAAUGGUUUAAACAGAGACUUGAAUUUCAUGCAAAAGGUUUCUGUAGAAACUGGGGUCAACAUAAUUGCUGGAGCUGGUUAUUAUGUUGCUGGAUCACAGUCUACAUCUACACUUGAUAACUCAAUCGAAUACUUUGCUGGUGUAAUGAAAAGAGAACUGUUAGAAGGUGCUAGUGGCACAACCAUUAGAUGUGGAGUCAUUGGGGAACUUGGUUGUUCUUGGCCUCUUCAUGAUUUUGAGAAGAGAGUUCUCCAAGCUGCAGGACUUGUUCAAUCAGAAUUAAAAUGUCCUGUAAUCAUUCAUCCUGGAAGAGAUGAAAAUGCACCUGAGGAAAUUCUACGAAUUUUCACAGAAGCUGGUGGAAAAGCUGAUAAAAUAGUCAUGAGUCACUUGGACCGUACAAUAUUUGAUAGAGCUAAGUUGCUUGAAUUUGCUUCCAUGGGUUCUUACUGCGAGUUUGAUUUGUUUGGAAUUGAGGUGUCUCAUUAUCAGAUGAGUUCUAAAGUUGAUAUGCCAAGUGAUGCUCAGCGUAUUUCAUUCAUACACAGUCUUGUGGAAGAAGGAUUUGAGGACAAGGUUGUUAUUGCACAUGAUAUCCACACCAAACAUCGAUUAAAAAAAUAUGGCGGUCAUGGAUUCUCUCACAUCCUUCUCAGUGUUGUUCCCACGAUGUUAAACAGGGGAAUUUCACAGACUGUUAUAGAUAAAAUACUUAUUCAUAAUCCUGCUCAGUGGUUGGCCUAUAAUAUUUCAUACUAAUGACAUGAUUGAGAGAUAUUUUAAAAUAAUAUACUUAUUUUCUUGUGGUUCUGCUUUUAUAAAGAAUGUAUUAACCUAAAA